GGUUUGCCGAGUGAGCACCGGCCAUGGUGAAUUGACGAAAUCUCGCGUUCAUAAACGAGAUGAUGGUUUAUUUUUAGCGACACUGACAGGCACCGCGUGCUAGGGUUAGGGUUAGAGUUUGGUUCGGUCCAAAAAUUCUGACGCCAUGUGCAAUUCAAAGUGAUUGACCCCGUGAGGAAUGUCCCCCGGCCACCAAGCUCGUUUUAACUGGGUGGGUUAAUCCUAUUCAAGGGAGAUAACUACAGUAACAGAAGCCAUGGAUGUAGAGCAUCUAUGAUCUAAACGUGAAAGGAAAGAUAAAAGGUUCGUGUCGUCGUUGACAACAGCAUAAUAAUACAGAGAUUGCUGACAUCUCCAUGAAUACGAAAGAACAGCACGGUUUUUGAAUUUUAAUACCUGAAUGUCGUGGCCACUAACACAAUCAAUUAUUUCUGAGAUUGAUUGAUUAUAUACUACAGGCUGGUUUACAAUGGCUUCAACAGGGAAGAAUAUUCUUGUUCAUUUGAAAAAAUGUGAAAAAUUGUCAGCUGCAAGGUUCACACAGUGUAUUAUAGAUUACUUCGUUACGACCGUAGCAACAAGGAUGGAGAUAUCUGUUGAACUGAUUGAUGAUAAACUAAUUAUAUCCGACACCAAGCAGACGGCAACAGCACAGUGGGUUCAAUUUUAUCAUCCUCCAUUUUGUCCAUUUCAUCAUUUAUCUACGAACCAAGCUUCCGAAAUAACGGAGGAGAUAGCGGAACGAGGAAUUAAUGUUGGUGUGUCAGUAUUAGUGGAAUCGUGCGAUGAUAAAGUUUUACUGUCUAGGAGAGCAGCACAUCUACGUACAUUCCCUAGUAUAUGGGUACCACCAGGUGGACAUGUAGAAGAAAAUGAAUCACUUAUAGAAGCAGGACUUAGGGAAUUAGAAGAAGAGGUGGGUUUGCAUCUAGAGCCUGAUCAAUUUAUGCAACAACCAUUGAAGAUAUUAACUCUUUGGGAGUCUUGUUUCCCAGCCAAGUUAGAGAUAGGGCUGCCUAAAAGACACCAUGUUGUUUGUUACAUGUAUGGAAAGCUUCGUAAUAAAACCUCGACUGAAUUAAAUAAACAAGUUAAAAUGGAUGCUAAUGAAACUGAUGCCUGUGUUUGGCUUGAUAAAGAAAUAGUUGAAGUGAUUGAUUUAUCAAGAGAGGACAUCACUACAGAAAUAAAGAUACCUGAAAAUAUACCUGAAACUAUCAGUGCAUUGGUGUUUGAUGAUAAUAAACAACAAAUUGAAGCCGACUUGGAUGUUUCACUUUUAUUUCAAAGACUUCAAAAGGCAGAUGAUAAAGGUCGUGUGAGUUCAGGAACAAAGAUGGCGUUACAUCAGUGGCUCAAGCUAAAAACAUGAUAUCAUUUCCAAACAUCUCGCCUCCAGUUCACAAAACAUUUUCAGACUUAAGUUAAGAAUUUACUUAGAAUUGUUGGACUUAUUUUAUCUAAAAUAUAACCCUUUAUAAAGCUUUUAUUGUUUUAAUGUAUCAAAUACAUCAAUAAGAAACAAUGUGCAAAGUUUUGUGUUUGCAGAUAAAAAAAUACAUGUAUUUCUCAUAAACGGUGGUUGAAAGUUGAGUAAAUUCUCAACUUAAGUCUGAGAAUGCUUUGUGAACUCGGGGCCUGGCGUUGUUUGAUUUUAAACCGUUGGCACUUGGACUGCUCAAAACUACUGCCUUCGAUCUAAUGUCUUAAAAUGAGUUUUAUAUGUCAUCUGAUUAAAACACAGAUCCUAUUUCAUUUUGUUUUUUAUAGUUCAAAAUUUUGUUGUACUUGUCUUUACUACACUUGGAUCUGGAAGAGUUAUUGUUAUCACUUCACUGAUGUGUUGUGGAUAAUGUGAGAGAUUAUCCAAUGAAACGGUCUGUUAUGGCGAGCUUUAGGGGUGUGGUGCACGGAACUGUAGGUAACCCACUAGAAACAUCAACGCUGAUUGGCUAAUCAAAUACCUGACAUCAUAGGGUCAAAGGCCGCUCGUAUUACUUCUGAUGCGACUAUCCAUUACAACUGGUCAGAAUUCCAUGUAGUAGAGGCCAUCAUAAGUAUAAAAAAUAAAACAAAACGAAAUACAGAUCUGUAUUUUAAUCUGAUUGAUAUAUUAUACUAAGAUUUUCAUAUCCUGCCCAUUGAAUAUAUUUUAUUACAUUCAUGUGAAAUUUAAUUUUUAAUUUAUGAUAAAUAAUAAAUUAACUAAUUUAUCCUCA